AUGUCAAAUCGUAUUCAAGAAUUAGAACAUAUGCCAGCUAAUAUGAAUAUUGAAUUACGAACACGAGCAUUAAUUGAAUUAAAAUCACUUAAAUUACUUCAAUUUCAAAAACAAUUACGCAAUGAAAUUGUUAAUACAAUGAAGAAAGAUACAUUGAUUCAAACUGCUCUUAAUCCUCGUGUAUAUAAACGUCCAAAACGUUAUCAACUUCGUGAAGCACGUUCAACAUUACAAUAUGAACGACAACGUAAAUUAGAAAUUGAACAACAAGAAUAUGAUAAACAUCAAAAGGUCUUAAAAAAUAUUUUAACACAUGCACAAGAAUUUCGUGAAUAUCAUCGUCGAUGUACAAUGACAAUUAGACGUUUAAAUAAAUCAAUUCAAGUUCGUUUUGCUAGUAACGAACGUGUAUUAAUUAAAAAAGAAGAACGUGAAGAAAAAGAACGUCUUCAACUUUUAAUGAUUUCAGAUGAAAAAGGUUAUAGCGAAUUAGUUAAGAAGAAAAAAGAUGCACGUUUAUCAUUAUUAUUAUCACAAACAGAUACUUAUAUCAAUAAUCUUAAACAAUUAGUACGACAACACCAACAAGCAAAUCGAUCACAAAGACAAUCAACAAACGUUAUCAAUCCUUCUUCAUCUGAUCAAGAAUUACAAACAACUUCAAUUCUUGAUCAAACUAAUAAUGAUGAAACAAUAUGUGAUGCUGUUGAAAAUGCAGCAACAAAUGAAGAUGAUGAAUAUGAUGCAAAAGAAUCUUAUUAUUCUAUUGCUCAUCGUAUACGUGAACCAAUAAUAGAACAAUCAAAAAUGCUUGUUGGUGGUCAACUUAAACCAUAUCAAUUACAAGGUCUUGAAUGGCUUGUUUCAUUAUAUAAUAAUAAUUUAAAUGGUAUACUUGCUGAUGAAAUGGGCCUUGGAAAAACAAUUCAAACAAUAGCAUUAAUUGUACAUUUAAUUGAUUAUAAAAAAAAUCCAGGACCAUCAUUAAUUAUUGUUCCAUUAUCAACAUUAUCAAAUUGGGCUUCUGAAUUUCAACGUUGGGCACCUGAAGUAACAGUUCUACAAUAUAAAGGUUUACCAAAUGUACGUAAAAUGCUUGCACAAACAAUACGUACAAAUCGUUUAAAUGUUUUAUUAACAACAUAUGAAUAUGUAAUACGUGAUCGUUCAAUAUUAUCAAAAAUUUCAUGGAAAUGUUUAAUUGUUGAUGAAGGACAUCGAAUGAAAAAUCAUCAUUGUAAAUUAACACAAAUCUUAAGUAGAUAUUAUUCAAAUGCUCCACAUCGUUUAUUAUUAACAGGUACACCAUUACAAAAUAAUCUACCAGAAUUAUGGGCAUUAUUAAAUUUUAUUUUACCAUCAAUAUUUAAAUCUUCAACAACAUUUACAGAUUGGUUUAAUGCACCAUUUGCAACAUUACCAAGUGAAAAAGUUGAAUUAAAUCAUGAAGAAACAUUAAUAAUUAUUCAACGUUUACAUAAAGUUUUACGACCAUUUCUUUUACGACGACUUAAAAAAGAAGUCGAAUCACAAUUACCUGAGAAAGUUGAAUAUAUAAUAAAAUGUGAAUUAUCUGCUUUACAACGUUGUCUUUAUCAUGCAAUGUCAAAAAAUCGUACAUUAAUUAUUGAAGAUCAAAAUGGUAAAAGUGGACGACGAGCAUUAAUGAAUAAAAUUAUGCAAUUACGUAAAAUUUGUAAUCAUCCAUGUUUAUUUCAGGAAAUAGAAGAACGUUUAGCACAAUCACUUGGUCAUCAACAUGGAGUUAUUAAUGGUCCUGAUCUAUUUCGUGUAUCAGGUAAAUUUGAAUUACUUGAUCGUAUAUUACCAAAAUUAAAAGCAACAAAUCAUAAAAUUUUAUUAUUUUCUCAAAUGACAUCAGUUAUGGAUUUACUUAAAUAUUAUUUUGAAUAUCGAAAUUAUUCUUAUUUAAGAUUAGAUGGUACAACUAAAGCUGAUGAUCGUUGUGAAUUAUUAAAAAAAUUUAAUGAUGAGAAUUUUGAUUGUUUUAUAUUUUUAUUAUCAACACGUGCUGGUGGUGUUGGAUUAAAUUUACAAAAAGCUGAUACAGUUAUUUUAUUUGAUUCAGAUUGGAAUCCACAUCAAGAUCAACAAGCACAAGAUCGUGCACAUCGUAUUGGACAAAAAAAUGAAGUACGAGUUUUACGUCUAAUGACUGUUAAUACAAUUGAAGAAAAAAUCUUAGCUUGCGCAAGAUAUAAAUUAAAUGUUGAAGAAAAAGUUAUACAAGCAGGAAUGUUUAAUCGUUCAUCAACAUCAAGUCAACGACAUGAUUAUCUUGAACAAUUAAUUGGAGGUGAAGAUGAUUGUAAAAAUAAUGAUGAAGAUAUUCCCGAUGAUGAAAUUCUUAAUCAAAUGAUUGCUCGAACUGAAGAAGAAUUUGAUUUAUUUAAUCGUAUGGAUAUUGCUAGGCGUGGAUUUGAAUCUAUUCAUGGUGUUGGUGCUAAUGAAUAUCGUUUAUGGGAAUUAUCUAAUACAAGACUUACAUCUCAAAUUAAACGUAGAAAAGAAAAUGAUGAUGAAAUAAUUCAUGAAGAAAUAUCAACAACAAAUGAUGAAACUAUGCCAUCAGUAUUAGAAGAUCUUGAAGAUGAAGAAGAUGUUGAUUUUACUCAAGAAAUAUCAAGAGGUCAUCGUAAAAUGAAAACAAAUCGUCUUAUAACUGACGAUGAAUUACCUCAAUGGUUAAAAAAUGAUGUUGAUAAAAUUGAAAAAACUCUUAAAAAUGAUGAUGAUUUGGGUAAAGGAUGUCGUCAACGUAAAGAUAUUGAUUAUAGUGAUACAUUAACUGAUAAAGAAUUUUUACAAGCAUUAGAAGAAGGAAAUCUAGAUGAUGCUACGGAACAAAAACGCAUACGAAAACAAAAUCGUAAACAUGAUAAUGAUAUUGAUCUUGAUGAAACUGAAGCAUGUUCAUCAUUUGAUAGUCCUUCAACAUCCCUAUCAAAUCAACAAAAUCUUUCUUCUAAACGUGUCAGUAUAAAAAAACGUUUUGAAACUAUUGAUCCAAAUGUAACAUUACAAUGUCGAUUAUUAUUUGAUCAUUUAUUAGCAUAUCGUACAGAUGAUAAUCGUCAAUUAGCACAAGUAUUUAUACGAUUGCCUACACAAAAACAAAUACCAUUGUAUUAUCAAAUAAUCAAUGAACCAAUUGAUUUUGAACGUAUAAGAAAAAAAAUUGAUACAUAUCGUUAUUUAAAUUUAGAACAACUGGAUUCUGAUAUGAAAUUACUUGUUGAAAAUGCACAAACAUUUAAUUGUGAAACAUCAAUAAUUUAUUCUGAUUCAGUUCAAUUAGAAAAAGUUUAUAAAACUUUACGUGAACAGCUACAGUCUGGUUUACUUCAAAUAUCAAAAGAGACAUUAAAUAUCGUUAAUCAAUCAGUAAAAAAAACCUCUCGAGUUUCAACAAGACAAGGAUAUAAUAGUACACGAAUAACAACAAUAGAUACAACUAAUAGUACAAUUUCUAGUAGAGGACGUAAACGAAAAGCAACAAGUAUUAUUCAAGACGAAGAAGUAACUGAAGGUGAAAGAGUUACAUCGGAUAAUGGUGAUAAUUAG